CUCUUCAAGGAAACGACUCGGACAGUCUAAUAUUAGAUUAAUCCCUGAAAAGACAGCACCAGCUCCCAACUCUGAAGAAACUGAGUCGCCACCUGCCACACCACUUAAUACAGGUAAAUCAGCAUCCUCUUCAAGCAAACGACUCGGACAGUCUAAUAUUAGAUUAACCCCUAAAAAGACAGCACCAGCUCCCGACUCUGAUGAAAGUGAGUCGCCACCUGCCACACCACUUAAUACAGAAAGUGAUGGCGAAGAUGGGAUGCCUACAUUUCUGUCAAGAAAGACAUUAAACAAAAACAGGGAUAAGAGAAAACUUGAAGAGAUGAGAAAGGAAGUGGAUGACCUGAAAUCAGAGGUGAAGAAACUAAGAAAAAGAGUGCGAAAUCUAGAGAGAUCUGCACCCAAUGGAAACGGUGAUGAUCAUUCGUCAGAUGAUGAAACUAUUGCUCUCCCAAACAAUGGUUCAGUGCGACGAUCUGAAUUGAUUUCUUCAGCUAAAAAAUGUUUCAAAGCAACAGACGCUGUUGUUUUGCUGUUGAAUACACUUUUUACCAAAAGUGAAAUUAAGGAAUGCUCCAUUUCGGGGAAAAAAACAGUAAAGUGUUCAGAAGGAGGACCCCGCCCCCCUCUUAAUCAAGACAGGUUUCGCACUCUCGAAAACAUAGUGUAUGAACUCUUCCCAGAUUUUAGUAGAAGGGAUUUGAGAGAUAAAGUACAAAACGUUCAGAAGGUAGAGAGAAAGCGGUAAGGCCAUAAUAGUCUUGUUUCCUGCUACUAGACUUUGCACACGACCCUUAAGUUUUUAUUUAGUUUUCAGAAAAAAAUCGGAAAUUUCCUCAUUCAAAAUUGAAAAAUAAUAUAUAUUCAAGUGGUAUUUCAUGAAAUAUAAGGUUUAAAUGUGGACUUUCAUACAACACUAAUUAUUUUUAACCAUAAUAUUGACCAAUGACAUUUUUAAUUUCGUUUAAUGUAAUAGUUCAUAUUCAACAAAUAUUACUGGAAAAAAAAGAAAUAGUAUUCCUACUUACACCUACCCAAUUUUUUUUCAGGCUAGUAGCAGGAAACAAUGUUUGUUUUUGUUUUUUUUGGCCUAAGACAAUUACAGACCUGUUUACUCUAUGAUUUCCUCGUAUUUUGUACAAAUUUGUAGUUUAAAAUACAUCUUAUAUUUUGCUGUUAUAAAAAUACGGAAAUUGGAAAACAUUUGGAAUUUAGCUGUUAGUUUUCGUUAUAUAUAUGAUCUGCCUUUGUUUAAUGCUUUUGAUUUGUUAAAAAGGAGAAAGAUUUCAAACAUUAAGUUGGGUUGCCUAAAUACAAUAUAGUAUUUUAAUUUAAUACCAAGAAAUACAAAUUAUAUUUCAAGAGAGUGUCUUCUGAUUUUAAA